AUGCUUCCAAUAGAAAAAGAAAAUUCUAGAGUUGCUACAACUAAACCAUUAGAUGAACUUUUUACUAAUGUCGGUCAAAAGUUUGAGACAGAUACCGUAAAGCAUGAAGGCUAUCGUUUUGACUACCCAUUAAGAUGGUUAAGAGACCCAUCUGUCACAAAAGCUAUUGGCUUUCGAAGAAUAAAGUUUGUGUCUGUAGAAGAUAAAAGUUUUCCAUUUAUUAUAAGGUUUCAUAUAGAUUAUACAUCUGAAGGGCAACGAAAAAUGUGGGAAGAAAUUGAGCUAAUACAAGUUGACCUCUCAUCUUCUCUACAGGCUGCAUUAAAAAUAUAG